AGGCAUUUGCUGUGGCCGCCUAAGGGGUGGGACCUUCGCCUGGGGGAUAGACCGUGGACCGCGCGGAGGUCUUCCUUUCGGAUCCGCCAUCACUGGUGGAACCGCCGCCGAGAUGCAGAUUUUCGUAAAAACCCUUACGGGGAAGACCAUCACCCUCGAGGUUGAGCCCUCGGACACUAUAGAAAAUGUAAAGGCCAAGAUCCAGGAUAAGGAAGGAAUUCCUCCUGAUCAGCAAAGGCUGAUCUUUGCUGGUAAGCAACUGGAAGAUGGACGCACUUUGUCUGAUUACAACAUUCAAAAGGAGUCCACCCUUCAUCUUGUACUGAGACUCCGUGGUGGUGCUAAGAAAAGGAAGAAGAAGUCUUACACCACUCCCAAAAAGAAUAAGCAUAAGAGAAAGAAGGUCAAGUUGGCAGUUCUCAAAUACUAUAAGGUGGAUGAAAAUGGCAAAAUUAGUCGUCUUCGUCGAGAGUGCCCCUCAGAUGAAUGUGGUGCUGGAGUUUUUAUGGCAAGCCACUUUGAUAGACAUUAUUGUGGCAAAUGCUGUCUGACUUACUGCUUCAACAAACCAGAAGACAAGUAAUUAUAUGUCAAUAAAAGAUUCCAUCUAA